AUGGCUCCCGAACUUCCUCCUUGGAGGACAAGGGUUCAACGGUACGGUCGAGAAUAUGGCUCCUACAGACUUGGACAAUAUUUGUUUCCCCACGACGAAGCAGAAAAGAGAAGGAUGGAUAUUGUGCACACAAUGCUCAAGGUCCUCAGACCCAAGGGCCGACGAAUUACGGAAGUCCCGCAUGAAAUUCUCAAAAUCCAAACAGACGGAUGGGACGGGCGACCACGUCGGCCUCGGGUCCUCGACUUGGGUUGCGGCACCGGCAUCUGGUUAAUAGACAUGUCGAAGGACUUCAAGGAGGCUGAGUUCAGAGGCGUCGACAUACAGUUUCAGGGCCCGCCAAAUCCGAGUGACUCGGUCGACUAUACCGUCCCUUGGGAUUACGAAGGACCAUGGGCUUUGGGGGAGGCGUCAUGGGACCUGAUCCACCUUCAGAUGGGGUUGGGCAGUGUUUCGAACUGGGAGUCUCUAUUUCACAAGAUUUUUGCCCACCUCGUUCCCGGUGGUUACUUCGAAUGGGUCGAGUUCGACUUUGAGCCUCGAUGUGACGAUGGCACGCUACAGCAGGGGAAGCUGACGGAGUGGUGGGAACUCUACAUCAAGGCUACGUACGAGGCAGCCGGUCGCCGUCUUCACUGGGACCCGACAGUGGACGAGACAUUGAACCGCGUCGGGUUCCGGGAUGUUAGACAUGUCGUAUUCCAUAUUCCGUUGAAUAACUGGGGCCAAAACGAGAACGACUACAUGCGUCGCAUGUCAGGAUGGUGGCAAUUGAUGAUGGGUCCAGAUGGGAACGGCGCAGGUCCCCACGGCGGAGGUGCCUACGAACAAGGUGCCUACGGCCUCGAAGCCAUCAGCCUUGCUCCUCUGUGCAAGUUUUCCAAUUGGCCUCCUGAUCACGUUAGACGCCUUUGCAACGAAGCACUGGCCCAGGCUGCUGAUACCAAUGUCCAUUUCUACAACCAAAUUCAUAUCAUCACGGCCAGAGCACCUCGCCGUAACGAACAAUAA